AUGACAGAAAGGAAUCACACUGCAGUGACUGAAUUCAUCUUGUUAGGAUUCACAGAAAACCCGAAGCUGCAGGUUAUCCUCCUUGUGAUGUUUCUGUUGAUCUACCUGCUGAUUUUGGUGGGCAAUCUCGGGAUGGUCACUUUAAUCAGGAUUGAGUCCCGGCUUCAUACCCCCAUGUACUUUUUCCUCAGUAACCUGGCCCUCUUAGAUGUCGGAUACGCCACCAUUAUCACUUCCAGCACACUGAUUACUUUAGUAACAGCGAGAAAAGUCAUUUUGUUCACUGGGUGUGCUCUGCAAUUCUUCUUCUUAUGCGUUGUGUUGUCCUGUGAAUGCUACCUCUUGGGUAUCAUGGCGUACAAUCGCUUCAUGGCCAUCUGCAACCCAUUGCUCUACACUGUCAUCAUGUCCAAGCAGUUUUGCGUGCUGCUGGUGCUAGAGUCAUACUUCAUGAGCUGCAUAAAUGCAGCUAUUCAAAAUAUAUUUUGUUUGUCCUUCUGCGACUCAAAUGUCACCAACCAUUUCUUCUAUGAUGUGCCCCCCGUCCUGAAGCUGUCUUGCUCUGACACUUACAUCACAGACAUUCAUUUCACCUGUACUGCUGUGGUGAUAACAUCUACUCUCCUGAUCAUCCUUGUCUCUUACAUAUACAUUGUGGUCACUAUUCUAAAGAUCAGCUUCAUAAAGGGCAGGCACAAAGCCUUCUCCACCUGCGCCUCCCACCUAACGGCCAUCACCAUUCUCCAUGAAGCAGGCUCUUUCAUUUAUUUAAGGCCCAGUUCAAAGUACCUCAUGGACUAUGACAAAAUCAUUUCUUUGCUUUAUACCUUUGUGAUCCCCAUGUUGAAUCCCCUGAUCUACAGCCUGAGGAACAAGGAGGUUAACCAGGCCUUUCAGAGGAUGCUAAACAGGAAGAUUUAUUCUCAGUGA